AUGCGGGUGCACCUGGGCGCGCUGGCGGGCGCGGCGGCGCUGACCGGGGCGCUCAGCUUCGUGCUCCUGGCGGCCGCCAUCGGCACGGACUUCUGGUACAUCAUUGACACCGAGCGGCUGGAGCGGGGCGGCCCGGGCGUGCGGGGCCGGGCGGGGGCCGCCAACCGCAGCCAGCUCGAACCUCUGAGCUCGCACUCCGGCCUCUGGCGCACCUGCCGGGUCCAGAGCCCGUGUGCGCCGCUGAUGAACCCCUUCUGGCAGGAAAACGUGACCGUCAGCGACUCAAGCCGGCAACUUCUCACCAUGCACGGGACAUUUGUGAUUCUGCUGCCGCUCAGCCUUAUCCUGAUGGUUUUUGGGGGGAUGACGGGGUUUCUGAGCUUCCUCCUUCGAGUCUCCAUCCUCCUCCUGCUCACGGGGACCCUCUUCCUCUUUGGAGCCUUGGUGACCCUCGCUGGAAUGAGCGUCUACAUCGCGUACUCGGCCGCCGCCUUCCAGGAGGCACUGUGUCUCCUGGAGGAGAAGGCCCUCCUGGACCAGGUGGACAUCCGCUUCGGCUGGUCCCUGGCCCUGGGCUGGAUCAGCUUCGUCACCGAGCUGUUCACCGGGGUGGCCUUCGUGGUGGCGGCCCGUGUGCUCAGCCUGAGGCAGAGGCAGGACCAGGCCGUCUGA